GGGAGACAUUCAUGGUGCUGUUGGUGGCAUACUCUGCAUGGAUGUAUCCCUUUGAAGUAGCAUUUAUGAGUUCCUCUCCCCACAGGAAAAUCUGGAUUGUAGACACCGUCGUCGACCUGUUUUUCGGCAUCGACAUUGUCUUAACAUUCUUCGUUGCUUACAUUGAUUCAAGAACUCAGCUCCUAGUUCGUGAUUCAAGAAAAAUUGCAGUAAGGUAAUUCAUCCAUUGUUGAUGAUGAUCAUUAAAUUUUUUUUUUUUUU